AUGGAGCUGAUUGGAUCCACCCUGACAGCCACAUAUGCUCGGCCAAAAACCAGCCACUUCCUCCCUGCCAUCUCCACCAUGGCAUCCAGCUAUCGCAACACCCAGCCUGCCUUGGCCAUGAAUCCCAGUGCCAACCUGUGGAGGACCAACAGCUAUUUCAAGAGCAGCAGCACGGUCCCAACCCCUUCUUCCUUACAGCGAGAGAAUUUAGACCUGGUUAGAGCCAAGACAAUGUUCUACCCAUCCAACAGGACGGCGCUGACUACCCGCUACACCCCAGACGAUUGGUACAAGUCCAACCAAAACAACUACAGGGAGUCUGAGUCGUCCCGGAAAAGCGCAGAGAGACUGAGAAGAGACACCAUGAGGCUGAUGCAGGAUAGAGAGCAGAUGACCAGGAGAACUCAGGAGAGCACCAGCAAGAACAUCGGCGAGCGGCUCAACGACAUUGUCUUCUGGAGGUCUGAGCUGACCCAUGAGACUGACAACAUGGUGACUGAGAUAGCAGCUCUCACUGAGGUCAAGAGGAGGCUGGAGAGAGCCUUGGCAGAGACCGAGGGGCCCCUUCAGGUGUCUCAAGAGUGUUUGUACCACAGAGAGAAGCGGAUGUCCAUCGAUCUGGUACAUGACGACGUAGAGAAAGACCUCAUAAAGGAAGUGGAAGUCAUCAAGUCAUGUCAAGAAAGGAUGAGGCGAUAUCUGGACCGAGCCAUCGCACAGCUGGCGUCAAACAGAGCAGCCCAGCAUGAACUGGAAAGAGACAUGAGUGACAAAGUGACAGCCCAGAGGAUCGAUGACAGGUGUCACCAUCUGAGGAACACAUCAGAUGGUAUUGGCUAUUACAGAGGGAUCGAAAGACUAGACCCUUCACUCUCUCUGCCAGAUUCGUGGUCCAAGUUCACGGACGACAACAUCUUGCACUCCCAGAGCGAACGAGCUUCCUCCCACAAGCUCAGGGAUGAGAUAGAAAUCUUGCUGAACACCACAUCUAAUGAAAUGUGGAACCAGUUCAACAAUGUCAACGUGGCCUUCACCAACCGUGUAUCAGAGACCGCAGAUGCCAAGAACAGCCUGCAGACACACCUGGCUAAGACUCUGCAGGAGAUUUUCCAGACUGAGAUGCUGAUUGAGUCUCUGAAGAAGGCUCUAAGAGACAAAGAGUGCCCACUGAAAGUGGCUCAAACCAGGCUGGAGGAGAGGACCCGCAGGCCAAACAUAGAGCUCUGCAGGGACAACCCACACCAUAGACUUGUGAGUGAGGUGAGAGAGAUCGAGGACACCAUUCAUAAGCUUCAGGAGAGACUGAUGGAGGCUGAGAACACUUUGCAGAAUCUGGUUAAGACCAAAGUGACCCUGGAACACGACCUGUCCAUCAAGGCCAACUCACUCUUCCUGGACCAGGAGAAGUGCAUGAGUAUGCGCAAGUGUUUUCCCAGCAUGCCCCGUCUGGUGGGCUACACCUAAGUCAAGUCUUAGAAAGGGGAACCUUUACGACCAAUUUAAUCAACAAUGACUUUUUAAAAUUUUUUGGAGUGAUUUAGAGGGUGGGUUU